UUACAGAGACUUUUCGGAGCUGAAAAAUAGGAAUUUUUUUUCCCAUUUGGAAUGAACACAACUAAACACAUAACAUAUACAUACAUAAACAUAAAUACAAACAUAUAUAUUUAAAUAUAUAUAUGCAAGAUCAAAAGCAAUAUCUGCAGUUUCUAGUUCACGUAGUAUAGAUAGCGCGCGAAAGACGGCAAGGUCAUGUCAUCAAAGGACACACUGCAGAAUCACAACAGCAAUUGGUGCGGCAUGGAGCAGAAUCUCAAUCAAGACAUCGAUGAGCUGAACUCAACAUUUGAGAAACUGAUGCGUCCACAUAAAUCAAAGUACGCCUAUCUACGGCCCUCAACAUCGCCAAUACUCACUGACCCCAUCACCCCGAGGCAGCAGCCAAAUGCUAUCCAAACAGUGGCAACAGCAACCACACCUCAGCCAAUGGAUAUGCCGAGUCGUAUGAGAGCUAUUAAAGUUUUCAACGUAAUGCUCGCCCGUCUCUGGCGUCGUCGUUGCGCCGAGGUCUGUGAUUUGCAUGAGCUGGUUCGCAAAUAUCAAAUCAAGGCUAGUACAAUGAGAGAUGACUUAUUCAUGCGCAACAGGAUGAUCUGCAAGGAGCAGAGACGCUGCGAUCGUCUCGAAAUGGAGCUACGUGAGGUGAAAUAUGCUGCAGAGCUGCGCUCCCAGGGAUGUAUUAGCGUUGAGAAUGCUUUGAAUGCUUUGCGUCGCAAGGAGGCAAAGCUGCGCCGUGAGCUGCGCGUCAAGACACAGGAAUGCAAUAGUUUUGCAGAAUUGCUUAACGCCACUAAGACUGAAAUGUUCCAGGAGUUGACCAAGUUUCGCGAAUGCGCCCACGAAUUGGCCGAACAACAGCGCCAGAAUCGCGUUCUCGAGAUGCGUAAUGCCGAACUGGAGGAUGAGCUAUUGACUCUGAAAGAUCGCUUCCAAGCACAACACGAUGAUAUCGUUAUUGCUGUACAUUCAAAGCAGGAAAAAAUCGAUAAGGCAUACGAGGCACUGAAGGGCUACGAACAGGAAUUGGCCGAACUAGAGCUUAAACACGCAGAGCUGCUGAGAGAGACCCGAAACGAUCGAAUUGCACAGGAGAUCAAGAAAAUCGAACGCAAUAUCGGAAUGGUUCGCUAUGUGAUCUAUUUCAUCAAUCCGUAUCGCUGGCGCGUGCUGCGCUCGAUUUGGCCAAGCUUGAGUCUGAUUGCACAUGAAGUUGUUGCCAGAUUUUUGAACGUCCCAAUCCGUAAGCCCAUAUCGAUGCCAAAAAUGUCAGUCGCAUCGGUGGGCAUCUGUGUCACAAUCAUCUUGCUUAUCGGCGCCGUAUUUUGACCACAUAUAUACACAGAUAUGUAUGUAUAUAGAUAUAUAGUUAAAUAUCAAGUCGGCUAUAUGAGAGACUAGUUAGGCCACAUCGUGAAACAAAUUUCUAUAUAGAUCUAUAUAUAUAUUAGAUCAGUGAAUGUUGUAAUUUCAGUUGUUACUUAUCGCUUUCGUUUUCAUCUCUUCUAUAUUUUUUCCUUUGCAAGUGAAUCACUAGAUCCAAGUCUAAAAAUUUUUGUCAGAUAAAGUAAUCGAAAUUUACAUUUGAAUGAAUCCCUUAUCCCUUAUCUACAUGUAAAUGCUUACAAUACUGAAGUAAGCAUGUCUAACGAGUAUAAUCU